AUGAAGGCAAACGAGGAUGCCAACUGGCAUGCCUACCAGAUGUGCAUCCAGCAGAUUGAGUUUGAGCCAUUUGCUCAGAUGCUGCGCCGGCGCCUGAGAUGGCCCAAGCAGUUGAGCUUCAAGAACAACUUCUGGACAGCUUCUCUGAAAUCACAUUUCUGUCGCCGUUUCAGCUCAGAGCCGUAG